AUCCAGAGUUAUUCAAUAUAUUAGGGUGAAAUUUCCAUGGAUGGAGGGAGUAGCAGUGAAAGCCCAACCGAAGCAAAGAAAGCUAAGUCCAAGACACCACGGAAACCAAAAGAAACCCUUCUGAAGCAGAAAUCUCCAGCUGAGUUCUUUGCAGAGAACAAGAACAUCGCAGGAUUUGAUAAUCCUGGAAAAUCUCUUUAUACUACUGUUAGAGAGCUUGUGGAGAACGCACUGGACUCGGCGGAAUCCAUAUCCGAGCUUCCGGUGGUGGAAAUAACUAUCGAGGAGAUAAGGAAAAGCAAAUUUAAUUCUAUGAUUGGUCUUGUUGACCGUGAACGUGUAGAUGCAGAAUUGUAUGACGAUUAUGAAACUGUUAAGGCUCGUGAGAAACGAUUAGCAAAAGAGGCCCGUGCUCAAGAAUUACAAGCGAAAAAUGCUGCUCAUGGAAAGAAAGUGAAAGAGACUCCAGCUUCUAAGGGUAUCAAGGGUCGAGGUGAGGCUUCAUUUUACAGAGUUACAUGUAAGGAUAAUGGAAAAGGAAUGCCACAUGAUGACAUCCCAAAUAUGUUUGGCCGAGUUCUAUCUGGUACAAAAUAUGGUUUGAAGCAGACACGGGGGAAGUUUGGUCUUGGUGCAAAGAUGGCACUAAUAUGGUCUAAAAUGAGUACUGGGCUUCCUAUUGAGAUCUCUUCAUCCAUGAGAAGCCAAAAUUAUAUUUCAUUUUGCAGGCUGGAUAUUGACAUUCACAAGAAUAUUCCUCAUGUACAUUUACAUGAAAAACGGGAGAACAAGGAGCAUUGGCAUGGAGCUGAAAUUCAAGUUGUCAUAGAGGGGAACUGGACAACUUACCGUUCAAAAAUAUUGCAUUACAUGCGACAAAUGGCUGUUAUCACCCCUUAUGCACAGUUUCUAUUUAAAUUUGUGUCAGAUGCACCUGACAAGAAUGUCACUGUAAGAUUUGCUCGCAGAACAGAUGUAAUGCCACCCAUUCCUAUGGAGACAAAGCAUCAUCCAUCCUCUGUUGAUUUGCUGCUAAUUAAGCGACUUAUUGCUGAAACUUCGAAGCAGAACCUUUUGCAGUUUCUUCAGCAUGAAUUUGUAAAUAUCAGUAAAUCCUAUGCUGAAAGAUUGAUUGGAGAAAUGGGUCCAGACUUCGGAUCAAAAAUGGCUGUGAAGUCUCUAACUUCACAACAAAUAGUACGCAUUCAUCAGUUGUUUCGUCAAGCCAAGUUUGAUGAUCCUAGCGGUCAUUGUCUUAGCCCUGCUGGUGAAUACAAUCUCCGGCUAGGAAUCAUAAAAGAGCUGCACCCAGACAUGGUUGCAACUUAUUCAGGCAGUGCUCAAGUUUUUGAAGGCCAUCCAUUCAUCGUUGAAGCUGGAGUUAGUGUAGGUGGAAAAGAUGUCAAGCAAGGUCUGAAUAUAUUUCGAUUUGCCAAUAGAAUUCCACUACUUUUUGAGCAAGGUGCUGAUGUUGUUACCAGGACUGCACUGAAGAGAAUCAAUUGGAGUAGUUACAAAAUCAACCAGAUACAAGAUAAGAUUGGUGUCUUUGUAAGCAUUGUGAGCACAAAAAUUCCAUUCAAAGGAACUGGAAAAGAAUACAUUGGAGAUGACAUAACUGAGAUUGCUUCUGCUGUCAAGUAUGCUAUUCAGCAGUGUUGCAUCCAAUUGAAAUCUAAGAUUGUGAAAAAGAUGCAGGCCCGUGAGCAGCAGGAGAGGAAACGAAAUCUAAGCAGAUAUAUUCCUGAUGCUACUGCUGCAGUAUACAAUGUUUUGAAAGAAAUGACACAGUUACAUGCAUCAAAGAAGAAUCGUUAUGGGGAUGAUGAUAUAGAGCUCCUGAGAAAAGUAUCAGAGAAUUUGAUUACUAAAGAAACAUUGAGUGAAAAGCUGGCUAAACAUGUUGAACAGGUGGACUAUGAAAUGGCAUUGGAGUAUGCCACACAGAGUGGAGUAAGCGAGGAACCCAGAGAAACAGUAUACAUUCAAUCAUUGGAAGCUGAAAAUAAGAUGAUUGACUUACGUGCUCCAUUUAUGGUUUUCAGAGUCUUUCAGUAGAUUUAGAAAAUUGAUUUGAAAAUGAAAGUGAAAUUGAUUUGAAAAUGAAAGUGAAAUUGAUUUUCCAAAUUAAAUUUAUAUAGGACAUAAAGGAGCAAAUGUUGUAUUUAUUUAUUUUUCAUUUGUAAGAUAUGCCAAUAAGAUUGAUAAGAUAUUA